AGUCCCUCCACCACCUACAACCUUUAUCGCAGCACGGCAGCCUCACUUGUAGUAGCCGGCCGGAUAGAGAGUUUGAUUUUCUUGUAUUUGUGUGGACAAAGUCUUGCUACUUUAAAAAUCGACAAUAGUAACGGAAAGGAGAAUAAUCAAGUAGAUAGGAUUAGUAGUUGUUACGGAAUAACCGAUCAUCUUGUCAUCUUUUGUAUAAAAACUAUACAUUGCUGAUUUGAAGCAUUUUACAUUGAUUCUUUCUCCCUUUCGAAUAGAUUAAUGACACCAGAAGAGAAGCAGAAAGCAUUGCUCAUGAUACUGAGCAGAUAUACCAAGAAAGAUGACAAUUCACAACAAUCACAGGACCCAUCUGCAUCAUCAUCGAAUGGCCCAUCCAUUGUAGACCAAUUAGUACAUCAACAACAACCACUUUUUAACACAAAUGUCAUUAAUCCUCCUCCUCAACAAUAUGUAAAUAAUUCAGUAUCUACUAACACUAUUCUUAUGAACGGUGGUCAACCAGUAAUGGCCACUACGAACCUAAUUGAACUAGUCAAUUCUGGCAUUAUCCCAUCUAGUAAUAAUAAUUCCAAUUGUAGUGUAGCUGACCAAGUUGAAAUUAUUGCACCCUUGAUGAUAAAUUUGAAUUUAAAUAAUACUUUUUUGGGAUCACAACAAUUCACAAUGUCAUCCACCCCAGUUGACCAAUACAGUCCUGCUAGCAGCUCACUAUCCACACCAACUAGCUCUUCAUCCCAAUCUUCUGCCAGUCAUUUAUCUGACAAUAGUAUUCCACAAAUGACCCAAACCACAAACAAGAAGAAGAAGAAGAAUAACAAGAAUAAGAUUGGUAAGCAAAACAAGAUGAAUCGUGACAUGAUAUCCACUGGCUACAAUUCUAGCUCUGUACAUCAAGUAGGCAGUUCAUCAUCUAUUGCAUCAUCAUCAGCCACCAAUUCACCUGUUUCAUCCAGUUCCACGACUGGCACGAGUGUGCAAUUUAUUAACUUGAGCAAUGAAGAAAUGAAGAUUAAAUACGAUUCAGAAUCAUCACUAAAUUCUCAAGUGAAACCAAAGAGAAAAAGAGGAAGACCAAAAAAACCAGAACCAAAGAAACCAACCAAAAUAACGUAUCAAUUCGUUCAAGAAGAUGGCACGGGUGAUCCCAAAAGCAAAAAGUAAUCUUGAUUGAACGAAUGGAUACGCCAACAACAAUUGUCAAUCCAUUUGUAGUUUCUGUUCUGUUAUCUACAAAUAAAAAUUUGAUUGACAAUUAAAUUCUU